AGAAGACCUUCACACAACAAACCCCCCCAAAUCACUCUCACAAUGGCGACUCUUCUGCCUCCUCCUACCAAGCGUCAGAAGACGGAGAUUGCCGAGAAGGCCCGUCUUCAGCAAGAGAUCGAGAGCAUCCCAGAGAACCUGGGCAGUGUCCGAGUGCAGUUUUUCGACCAAGCGACAGGAGCGCCAACCGGACCAGCAGUGUCCGUCCCAGUGGCCGAUGCCAACGUAAAGAACUUGGAGACGCUACUCAAUACCCUACAAGGCAAUGAAGAUGAUGAGCGGGUGCCAUACCGGUUUACCUACCAGUCGGACGAUAAGGACAAUCAGACGAUCGACAUUCUAGCACAUCUGUACCACUCGCUGCUCAAGCCGGGCCUCAAGACCACCGAAGAUACCGUUCACCUCUACUACACGCCGCAGGCGGUUUUCCGAGUCAAGGCGGUCUCGCGAUGCUCUGCUUCCAUCGCCGGACACGGGGAAGCGAUUCUGGCCACCUCCUUCUCCCCCGUCAAUUCGUCCACCAUGGUCACCGGCAGCGGUGACUCGACGGCCCGGAUCUGGGACUGCGACACCGGAACCCCCCUCCAUACCUUGAAGGGUCACACUAGCUGGGUGCUGGCGGUCAGCUACUCCCCCAACGGCGCGAUGAUCGCGACCGGCAGCAUGGACAACACAGUGCGGGUGUGGGAUGCGAAGAAGGGCACAGCGCUCGGGGCGCCGUUAAAGGGCCAUGCGAAGUGGAUCACCAGCCUGGCGUGGGAGCCCUAUCACCUACAGCAGCCGGGGCGGCCGCGCCUGGCGUCCGCCUCCAAGGACUCGACGGUCCGCGUCUGGGACGUGGUCAGCAAGCGCAUCGAUAUGGUUCUCACCGGCCACAAGGGCUCGGUCACCUGCGUCAAGUGGGGCGGCACGGGCAAGAUCUACACGGCCUCGCACGACAAGACGGUCAAGGUGUGGAACGCGGAGAACGGCACUCUGAUCCAGACCCUGUCCGCCCACGCCCACCGGGUAAACCACCUGGCGCUGUCCACGGACUUCGUCCUCCGGACCGCCUACCACGACCACACGGGCCAAGUCCCGCAGGCCGACGCCGAGAAGGUCGCCGCCGCGAAGCAGCGGUACGAGCACGCCGCCACCAUCAACAACAAGAUUGUCGAGAAGCUCGUCUCGGCCAGCGACGACUUCACCAUGUAUCUCUGGGAGCCGGAGAACUCCAGCAAGCCCGUUGCGCGACUGCUCGGUCAUCAGAAGGAGGUCAACCAUGUCACAUUCUCGCCGGAUAUGGCGUACAUCGCCUCGGCGGGAUUCGACAACCACGUCAAGCUCUGGAAUGCCCGGGAUGGAAAGUUCAUCACAACUCUCCGCGGCCACGUCGGAGCCGUCUACCAAUGCUGUUUCUCCGCCGACUCCCGCAUGCUCGUCUCCUCGUCGAAAGACACGACCCUGAAGGUGUGGAACGUCCGCACGGGCAAGCUCUCCGAGGAUCUGCCGGGACACAAGGAUGAAGUGUUCGCGGUGGACUGGAGUCCCGACGGACAGAAGGUGGGAAGUGGCGGCAAGGACAAGGCCGUACGGAUAUGGCGCAACUGAUGACGGAGAAGAAAAAAAGCUUUUUGUUUUUGUUUGUCUUGAUGAACAAAGUAUAUAGAACCAGAUACCCUGUUUUUCACCCUGGAGACAGUAUGUGCUACGUGCCUGCGUACCCUCUCCACAC